GACAAGACCAUCUGCAUGAAUACGGUGCAAGGUGUCCAACGGCGAAUACCAGCAUUACAACGUGCAUAAUUUGUUUGGAUGGAGUCAAACAAACCAACCCUGGAUGCCACAAGAGCGGCCACAAAUCCCGAAGUGUCGUGAUUUCUCGGUCAACGUUUCCGGGGUCUGGAAAAAUACUCUGGACAUUGGCUGGGUGAUAACGAAAGUUCUUGGCCUCAACUGGUCUACUCUAUUAUAGGUGCUCUUGAAUUCAACAUGUUUGGUAUACCUUAUAUCGGUGCUGAUAUAUGUGGCUUUAUGCUGAACACAACCAAUGAACUCUGUACUCGCUGGAUGCAGCUAGGAGCCUUCUACACAUUCUCCAGAAACCAUAACGGCAUUGGUAACAUUCCACAGGAUCCUGCUGCUUUAGGAGAGGACGUAGCCGCCAUGUCACAGAUGGCCCUGAGGGCCCGAUACCUUCUUCUUCCUUACCUCUACACACUGUUUCACAAGUCUCAUACCCUUGGGAACACAGUCCUACGACCCUUGCAUCACGAGUUCCCUCGUGAUAAGAUGGCUCUCGGAAUCGAUCGUCAGUUUAUGUGGGGACCAGCUCUUCUGAUAUCUCCCAUCUUAGAGAAGGGUCAGACGCAGCUGUCUAUCUACUUUCCAGCCUCCACAUGGUAUGAUUUCUACACGGGGGAGAGCCUUAGUGAUACCGGUGGGGAAACAGUCACAAUUCUCGUUGGACCACAAACCCACAUCCCAUUACAUCUCCGUGGUGGACAUGUCCUGCCAUUCCAAUACCCAGGAAAUAAUACUUCCAACAGCCGUAAAAAUCCGAUACAGUUGAUGAUUACUCUUGACAAGGCAGGACAAGCCAGUGGCGACUUUUUCUGGGAUGAUGGCGAGUCAGUGGAUACCUAUGAAAAUGGGCAAUAUCUUUAUGCCACAUUUAACGUAGAUCAGAACAGAUUAUCGGUGGCUGUUUUGCAUGACGCUCUUCCAUCUAGUGAGAAGCUGUUUUUUGGUGGUUUCACUGUGUGCGGGAUACAGAGCACUGCUGUGACCAAAGUUGUCAUAAAUGAUGUGGUCCUGGUUAACACCGAUUACAACUACAACAUCUCCAGCAAGGUGCUGCUGGUGUUCACGAAUAUAUCCCUCAGUGGUAACAUCACAGCCACAUGGACGCUUAGUGACGGAUCAGAGAAUGUAGAUUGCAUACCGGAUGUUUACAACAGAAAAGAAAAAUUUUCUUCUGACUCAAAAACUACAUGCCUAAGUAGAGGAUGUAUUUGGUCAACCGAAAAUUUGAACUUGAACAAUGGGCCCUCUCCGUGCUUUCUGAGACCUGAGAUUGGUUACGAAUGGACGAGGAUAGAGGAUAUUCCUAGAGGGAAGAGAUACCACCUACAAAAGAUGGGUUCAUCAAGCAUGUUUCAAAAUGACUUUAAAAACAUUUAUCUUGAUAUUGAAGAGUAUUCGAACGACUUGAUUAGAUUAAAGUUUAACACCGCAGAAGAUCAGAGGUAUGAAGUGCCCAUGGAACUCAACCUGCCAGAAGUGGAAAUAUCGGAUCCACGUUACGUAUUUACAGUUACCAACUUUAGACCAUUCAAUUUCCAAAUUACUAGGCUCAGCACAGGUACCGUGAUAUGGGACACAAGUGUUGGUGGAAUGGUAUUCUCUGACCAGUUCCUUCAGAUAGCAACUCGUCUGCCCUCUCGGAAUGUCUACGGAUUUGGUGAAAAUAACCACGUAAGCUUCCGUCAUGAUUUGAACUACCAACAAUGGGGCUUGUUUGCUCGGGAUCAGCCUCCAGGAUGGGGUGAUCAUCUGAAUUUAUAUGGAGUGCACCCAUUCUACACAUGCGUAGAAAAUGAUGGAAAUACCCAUGGAGUUUUUCUGUUAAACAGUAAUGCCCAAGAUUACUCUCUUAGUCCGUUGCCGAUGCUAACAUACAGAACUAUUGGAGGAAUUUUCGACUUUUUCUUUUUCCUUGGCCCGGAUCCCGAGAGUGUCGUACAGCAGUAUACUGGAAUGAUUGGGCGACCUGUUAUGCCUCCUUACUGGGCCUUAGGAUUUCAAAUAAGUCGGUACAAUUACACCGGAACGGCUGACGUUCGCGCGACAAUUGAAAGAACCAGAAAAGCUAUGAUACCCCAGGAUGUCCAGUAUGUUGAUAUUGACUAUAUGAAUAAGAGAGUGGACUUUACCGUUGACGAUGUGAAUUUCGCUGGACUAAAUGACUAUUUCAAGGAAAUACAAUCCAAGGGCAUGCGGACUGUCGUCAUAUUGGACCCAUGUAUCAUUAGCAACUGGUCUGACUACGAACCCUAUGAAAAGUUCAAACAAGCCGGUGCCAACGUUAAAUGGCCAGCAGACGCCACUCCACCGUAUGGAAGCGUUGAUGACGACCGAUCCGUGUUGGGAUAUGUGUGGCCUCAAGGCAAAGUCAUAUUUCCAGAUUUUUUCCGGAAUGUUUCACGGCAAACUUGGAUCGAUCUGAUUGUGAAAUUUCGAGACACUGUAUCUUUUGAUGGAUUAUGGAUCGACAUGAAUGAACCAGCCAAUUUUGGUACCAAUGAGGAGAGGCCAGUCAAUUGGCCUCCAGAGGUUAAACCCUAUUGGAGUCUGAAAUGUUAUGGAAACAAGUUUGAUAAUCCUCCAUACAAAACAUUCGCCACCUACACUCACAACACGGAAGAAAGGGCAGCUACUUUCCCUGACAAGACAUUGUGUAUGACAGUCAGACAGGGAGAGAACGGAGAGUAUCUGCACUACAAUGUACAUAACCUGUAUGGCUGGAGCCAGACGCUGCCAACGUUACAAGCUGCUCAGAAAGUCACAGGAGAGAGAAGUAUUGUCGUUACCCGGUCAACAUUCCCCGGAAGUGGACGAUACGCAGGUCACUGGUUAGGUGACAACGACAGCACAUGGGAACAACUUAGAGCAUCUGUCAUUGGAAUUAUGGAAUUUAACCUAUUUGGAAUACCUUAUAUUGGCGCUGAUAUAUGCGGCUUCUGGAAAAUUCCUACAAGAGAAAUGUGCUAUCGAUGGAUGCAGCUUGGCGCUUUCUACACAUUCAGCAGGAAUCAUAACGGCGAGGAAAAUCCGCCCCAAGAUCCGGCCUAUUUUGAUGAAGAGUUUCAGGAGAUGUCACGUGACACACUUAACGUCCGUUAUUCGUUGCUGCCAUAUCUUUACACGCUGUUCUACAACGCACAUGUGUUUGGGAACACCGUCAUACGGCCAGUCCACCACGAAUUCCCUACUGAUCCUAACACGUGGUCACUCAGCUUGCAGUUCAUGUGGGGGCGAUCUCUCUUGAUUUGCCCGAUUGUUUACGAGGGCCAAACAGAAUUGAAAUUGUAUCUACCUAAAGCAAGAUGGUACGACUUCUACACGGGUCAUCUGAUUAGUGAGGAAGGAGGAGAUAAUAUAACCCUUUCAGUGAAUGCAAAAACAAAAAUACCGCUCUUCUCUCGGGGUGGCUCAAUUGUUCCGCAACAACAACCUGCUAAUAACACACAUUUCAGUCGACAAAAUCCAAUAUCAUUUGUUGUGAUGCUAGAUAGGUUGGAUGAUGAUGGUGGAACCGCAUAUGGAGAGCUUUUCUGGGACGAUGGAGUAUCAAUAGAUACUAUAGAAAACAACAAAUAUUAUCGCAGCAAACUUUACAGCGAACAGCAAUCUCUAGAUAUGCUGGUACAACAAUCGUCUCCCACUGUAGCCGGAAUGAUUAUCAGCACGAUUACCAUAUCCGGUGUAAACAACAGUGUGGACAGAGUGACUAUUCGAACUACAAAUAUUAUUGUGGAGCAUAAAAGUUUCGUCUACAACAGCAGCUAUAAGGUUCUCAGUUUGGAUAAUUUGAGUCUGAAACUUGAAGAGGACUUUCAUAUUCAGUGGAGCCAUGGCAAGACAAAGGGGAGAUCAAAGAGACAGGCUGGUGGUGUACCUGCUGAGCGAAUAGACUGCAUACCAGAUAACAACAAACACCAGGGCACCCUGGAGAAUGAAUGCAGGAAACGCCAGUGUAUCUGGAAUGCCGACCUUUCACACUAUGAACUGCCCUUCUGUUACAUAGACAACCAUAAAUAUGGGUACACACUGACAAAAGCCACACCAACAGCGACAGGCAUGCGCUUUGAUCUGCGCAAGCGGUCAACAGUUACAAUGUUUGGAGACGACAGUGAUGUCUUACAGUUAAACUUUGAAAGAUGGAGUGACACAACCUUUAGACUAAAGUUUCAUGAUCCAACCAACCCAUUCAAAUAUGAGGUGCCAGUUCCACUGGACAAACCAAACUCCUCUGCUAGCAGACCGAUCUAUACUCUUAAAUACGGAACAAGUAGUGAAGGUUUCUUCUACAUACAGGUGAUACGAAACAGCACCAAAACAGUCAUCUGGGACACUACUCUUGGAGGGUUGGUCUUCUCAGAGCAGUUCCUCCAGAUCGCAACCAGGCUUCCUUCAUCAGAUAUCUAUGGUUUUGGAGAAAAUCGUCAUUUCUCCUUCCGCCAUAGCAUGGAGUACAGGGAAUGGCCUAUGUUUAGCAGGGAUCAGUCACCUGGUGGUCAGGACUAUGCCAAUUUAUAUGGCGUCCAUCCAUAUUACACCUGCAUGGAAGAUGCUAUUGGAAAUUCCCACGGUGUACUUUUGCUGAACAGUAACGCUCAAGAGUAUAUUCUACAUCCAUUGCCUUCGCUUACCUACAGGACAACGGGAGGAAUUUUAGAUUUCUAUUUCUUCAUGGGACCGGAGCCGGAGACAGUGGUACAGCAGUACACUGAGGUUGUAGGCCGUCCGUUGAUGCCGCCAUAUUGGGCUCUCGGUUUCCAGUUGAGUCGUUGGGGCUAUAACACCGUUGACAAUAUGAAGGCUGCUCACGACAGAAUGGUAGCAGCCAAAAUACCUUAUGAUGUACAGUUUGGCGAUAUUGACUACAUGGACGAGAGAAAGGACUUCACAAUCUCUCCGACCAACUUUGCCGGACUGCCUGAUUUCGUAAAGGCCAUCCACAAAGAAGGGAUGAAAUUCAUCAUCAUCUUGGAUCCAGGGCUGGUCUCUAACAUGAGCGGUUACAGACCGUACGAACUCGGACGUCAGAAUGAUGUCUUUAUUAAAUGGCCCCAAGGAACAAGCCCAGACUUUCAGGACCAUCAAACAGAUGACAUGCUCGGAUAUGUUUGGCCGAAGGGAAAGACGGUGUUUCCAGACUUCUUGAACCCAAAAGCAAGAGACGUUUGGAAACAGCUUAUAGCAGAACAACACAAGAUUCUUGAGUUUGACGGACUUUGGAUAGACAUGAAUGAGCCAUCUAAUUUCGGCACCAACCAGCAACGUCCGAUGAACUGGCCUGAGAAAGACAAACCCUAUUGGAGUCUGAAGUGUCCGCAGAGUAAAUGGGAUGACCCUGUUUAUAAACCAAGAUCGAUCAUUGGAGAUCGCUUGUCGGAUAAAACUUUGUGUAUGGUUGGCAUACAGUCGGACGGACAAAGAACCUAUCGCCAUUACGACGUUCACAGUCUAUACGGCUGGUACGAAAUGCUGGCCACAUCGGAAGCUCUUCAAGAGGUGACCAAAAAACGCAGUGUCGUGAUCUCAAGAUCGACAUUUCCAGGUAGUGGCAGACAUGGCUCCCACUGGUUGGGGGACAACCAGAGUAAAUGGUCUCAUCUCAAGGAUUCCGUCAUUGGUAUCCUAGAGUUCAACCUUUUUGGCAUACCAUAUGUUGGGGCAGAUAUCUGUGGAUUCCAAGGUGAGCCGGACGAGGAAAUGUGCGAACGCUGGAUGCAGCUGGGAGCCUUUUACAGCUUUAGCAGAAAUCAUAACGAAGAAGGCACAAAGGACCAAGACCCAGCGGCCUUUUCGCCAGAAGUAGCCUACUCCUCUCGGAAGGCGCUUGAAACUCGAUACAAGCUGCUCCCCUAUCUGUAUACCUUGUUCUUCAGAGCAUACAUGGAAGGCAGUACCGUCAUACGGUCUGUGAUGCAUGAAUAUCCCCACGAUGAACGCGCCAGGGCUUUGGAUACUCAAUUUUUGUGGGGACCAGCUUUUAUGAUAGCACCAGUGUUGGAAAAGGGAUACACCACAAAAGAUGUCUACUUUCCUGCCGAUGUUUGGUACAAUUACAAAACGGGCAUACGUGUGGAGCAUGUUGGCCAAGCUAACACGGUACCGGCACCACGUGAUGAAAUUCCCCUCUAUGUGAGAGGAGGAUACAUCCUUCCAACCCAGCAACCUGGAGCCAAUACACAUAUGAGUCAGUUGAAUCCAAUGGGCUUGGUAAUAGCUACAGACGCGGCCGGGUUUGCUCAAGGAGAACUGUAUUUAGAUGAUGGAGAAUCUAUAAAUGCCACAAUGGAUGGACAGUACUGGUUAUUGAAAAUGGUAUUCCGAGAGAAUGUCCUGCAUGUUUACAACGAACAUCACUUUGACAACUAUAACCUGCCCAUCGUGGACACAUUACGCAUCCUUGGCGUCCACUCUGCACCAACCAUUAUCCAUAAAGACGCAGAAAUGGUCUCCUCGAGGGAUUAUCGCUACUUCUCCGGGAGUAGGGUUUUGGACAUAUUCAACUUGGGCCUUUCGUAUGCCGCAAACUUCACAGUAACCAUAGGAUAGCUACAAUACAUACUGACCCUUCCAUGGAAGUGUAAUUAGGAGUGUACUAAUGAAACAGUACAAAACUACAAUAUCAGUUUUAUAUGUACACAUAUACAAGUAAUAACAAAUAGCGUUGGAUUGCUUGUAAAAGAAGUUAUUUUAUUAGUUAAGUUAUCUUGUCACCAAUAUGAUUUUUUGAAUUGUUUAGCCUCUUGUGAACUGAUCUGAAUAAAAAUACGAAAUAAAAAUUCGUUAUAAAAAUAA